UAUUAGCAAGUAAUAAAAAAGCUUUUAAAAAAUCUAACAAGAGCGUAAUAAAAGAAAUAAUAAAAAAAGAUAAAGUGAAAACCGAAAAUAAUGAAAAAGAUACAGUAAAAACUGAAAAUAAUGAAAAUACUACCUUACUGCAAAAUUCCAAAGAAGUCUCUAGUGGUAAGCAAGAUAUGGAAUGUGAUAAAAAUUCGGAUCAAGCCGAGGAGAAACCGAUAUCCGCUUCAAAGAAGAGAAAAAGAUCUGAUCCUGGACAUGCCAAAGCAUCCAAAGCAUCUCUUGACAAUCGGAGUCAAAAUAAUAGUAAACUUGAACCGGAAUACAGGUUAGAUAUCAAGAAACAAUGGGAAAUCGCUCGUCGAAAGAACAUAACACCCGAAGAGCGAAAUAAAUCCAUCUCCCGUUUAUUUGAGAUGGUUCGAGGCAAUGUUCCUGGACUUCUUUUUAAAAAUGAUACUUCUCGUGUCAUAGAAACCUGCCUAAAAUAUGGUACUAAAGAACAGAGAAAUAUAAUAGCAAGUGAAUUAGAGGGUCAUUUGCUUGAAGCUUCAAAAAAUAA